AUGACACUCCCACCAAGUCAGAAAGCGCUCAUCGCGCUCAAAGAAGGCGAAUACACCCUGACACCGUCCCAUCCUCUCCCUCCACACAACCCCCUGCCACCCUCGUACAUUCUCAUCCGCGUCACUCACGUGGCUCUGAACCCUUGUAACUGGAAAAUGAUAGACUUCUCACCUGCGAUCGGCUCUGUCGGCGGCAAUGACUUCUCCGGACGGGUCGUGGCCACCGGAUGCAGCGUGCACAGGUGGACGACUGGGGAUGCGGUUUGUGGGUUCCUGUACGGAUUGGAUCCGCACGUGGGACCGGGAGAAUGGGCGGGGGCAUUCGCCGAGUAUGUGAGUGUAGACGAGGGAUUGGUGAUGCGUGUCGCCGAGACACAGCUGGGGAUGGCUGAAGCUGCGUGUUUGGGGGCCGGAGUGGUGACGGCCGGUAUGGCGUUACGGAAUCUAGGCAUUUUUGUUUCGGAGGGGGUUCUUUCCGGCGAGGAUGGGGGAAUUGAUAGUGCAAAUGGGCGGGUAGGGAAAGGGAGGGAUUUGUCGUAUUUACUUGUUUAUGGAGGGAGUACGGCGACGGGGACGAUGGCUAUUCAGUUGGCUCGAUUGGCAGGGUACACACCAAUAGCCACAUGUUCACCGAAGAACAACUCCCUUGUGCAGUCCUACGGUGCGAUCAAGACUUUUGAUUACCACUCUGCGUCCUGUGGAGUGGCCAUCCGCGCCUACACGAAGGGCAAACUCGCACUCGUCUUGGAUUGUAUCACGUCCACGGACAGCAUGAAAAUCUGCUAUGCCGCGCUGGGCGCUCGCGGGGGUCGGUAUAUGGCGCUGGAGCCGCCUGCGCUCCGCGUGCAUAGCGCUCGACGGGAUGUCCAGACGGAUUGGGUGAUGGCGUUGACGGUCUUUGGGAAGCCGGUGGAUUUGAAAGGGCCAUUUGGACGGGAUGCUGUCCCUGGGGAUUAUACGUGGGCGUCAAGGUGGUACGUUCUUGCGGAGCGGUUGGUGGAGAGGGGGUUGUUGAAGCCUCAUCCUGCCUGUAUUCAAGAGGGCGGUUGGGACGGGAUUCUCAAGGGGAUUGAGGAGUUGAGGUGUGGGCGGGUUAGAGGGGAGAAGCUGGUUUAUUGCAUUUCUUAG